AUGCGCUGCGCCGCCCCUGAUGCGUGGCCAUCAGCAUUGGGGUUGCUGGCGACGUUGCACCUGCAGCGACUGACCAACCAUGUGAGCUACAACCUCGGAAUUGCUUCCUUUUCACAGGCUGGCCACUGGCAAGCUGCAGGGGCGCUCCAUCGGAACAUACGCCACAGGGCUUUGCACGGAAAUGAGGCUACGAGUGUCCUGACUUGCGAUGCCUGCGGGCCCUUGUGGCAACGCGCCCUCGGCUCCAUCACAAAUGGCAGCUCACACAUGCGCACGACGCGAAGCUUCAGCUCAGUCCUCAAGUCGUGCGAGAUGGCCGCGGAGUGGGUCCAGGCGUUGAUGAUCCUCCAUUCCUUCGACGUCCUUCGGGUCUCAGCAACGGAGGUCACUCGCAACACGGUGGUGAUGUCAUGCCGUGGCGAUGCCUGGCAAGUGGCUUUCUCGUUGCUGCGGGCCUCGGUGGAAGACCAGGUGGCCGACGUCAUUACCUGGAGUGCUGCGCAGGUAUCAAGCCAAGUACCUGGAGUACCAUGGACGUCAGCAACGAUCCUGCUGUCAAGGAUUGUGGAGCAUGCAAUGCGACCUGCAGCGCUGAGCUUUGACUCCGCAGUCGCUGCCUACAUGCGUGGGUGCGCGGACGGGUCAGCAACUGUUAGCAAAGCUGCUCCAGAGCCGGAGCAUUUCUGCAUUCGGCAGCGCGAGCAGCGCCUGAUCUGUGGCACAAAGGAACUACCGGAAGAUCUACCCUUGUCUUCUUUCCUGCAGCCCAACGAUGCAAUGAAUGUCACCCUGAUCCGUCGUCCGGCUGAGCAGGUGCAGCUGCUGGAGGAUUUAGAAGAUUCACACCAUCCUCGAAGAGUAUUGCGCGAAGCGCCCACAAAGUUCCGCUCCGACCAUGAGGUUGUUUCCACCGCGGUUGUGCGAGAUGCGUCUUGCAUAGGCUUAGCAGACGAGACGUUGCGCAAAUCCCGUGACUUUGCUCUCAACCUGGCCAAACAGAACGGCAUGGUUCUGAAGUUUUGCCCUGAACUGCAGGAUGACCCUGAAGUUUGCAUGGCUGCUGUGAGGCAGGAUGGCUUUGCAUUGCAAUAUGUUUCCGAUGCAUUGCGCAAGAGCAAGCCCCUGGUUUUGGCAGCUGUAAGCCGGGAUGGAUUGGCUUUGGAGUUCGCCGCAGCAGAGCUGCAAAGGGACAAAGAGGUUGUGCUGGCAGCCGUUGAGCAAGACGCGUCCAGCAUGGACUUCGUCGCAGAUUGUCUCAAAGCCGACCAUGACUUUCUGCUCUUUGCAGUGUCUGUGAAUGGUCGCGUGCUGGAGCGGUUGGCUGAAGACCUGCAACGCGACGAGGAGAUAGUACUGGCAGCAGUUCAGGAAAGCGCCAGUGCUCUUCGUUUUGCUCACGAGGCGCUACGGCAUUCUCAGGACUUCGUUUUGAAAUUGUUGAUGCGUCGGCUCUGCCGGCCCAGCUACCCAGCGGAGGAGCUUUGGGGGCGAAAGGAUUUUGUGUUGGAAGCCGUAAGAACUCACAGCUCGGCCUUGCAACUGUCGACUCCGGCUCUCCGGGAAGACCGGGAGGUUGUCAUGGCAGCAGUUCAGAGGCAUGGCUACAGUCUGCAAUUCGCAUCACCUCAGUUGCGAGCAGACCGUGAGGUUGUCAUGUGCGCGGUUUCUCAGUAUGCCAAUGCUUUGGCCUUUGCUUGUGACUCAUUAAAGGCCGAUGUAGACCUUGCAGCGGCUGCCAUAACCAAAAACGGUUGUGCAUUACGCUUUGCAUCUAGUACCCUACGAGCCAACAAAGACUUUGUGCUCAUGGCAGUCCGUAGCCAUGGCUACGCUCUGCAAUUUGCUGCUAAGGAGCUGCGUCUUGAUAAAGGUAUAGUGCUGCAGGCGCUUGAGAAUGAUUUGAGUGUCUUGGAGAUCGUGGAGACCACGCUCUGGUCAGAUCCGAGUUUUGUGGCGACGGUCAUGCGAAGACACGGUCACCAUGAGCAUGUGGCCAAUUUCUUGGGCCAACCCUGCAAGAGACACAAGCGUGCUUUCGAGUGA